AUGGACAGUGGACUCAGAGUGACCCGGAAAGGACGGAAGCUAGGCUCCAGCCGCCGGCGGCAGAUGCGAGAGCCAGCUGAUGGCCAGGAUGCGCCAGUGGCCCCCGAGCCAGAGUCCUGGUCCUCCCAGUCCGCUGAAGAACUGCAGCGCUUCUUCCAGGACUGCGGAGCCGAAGAGAGGGGCUUUGUCACUCGAGAGGAUCUGGCGGCGGCCAAGUUCAGCUUCCUGAGCAGCGAGGAUGAGCUGGAGAUGAUCUUUGACUGGGUGGAUGUGGAGCGGAAGGGACGCCUCUCUCUUGAAGAGUUCAGCUCCGGGCUCAAGAACAUCUUUGGCUCCAGCUCGAGCAGCCACAGGCUCCACAGAAAGAGGCCACUGCUCUCCAAGCGAGGAUCUGUAGUCACCAGCUUCCCGGUGGUGGAGGAGGCCAACAGUGAGGAGAAGGAGGCGUUCUUUGCCUUCAUGGAGCAACUAGGAGCCAGCAACUCACUUCCUGAGCAGGCGGAAAUCUGGCAGCUAUGGAGAAUGCUGCGGCAGGAGGAGCCCCAGCUGGCAGGCAACCUGGAGGGCUUUCUGGCCAAGAUGAACAGUCGCCUGCAGGAGGCACGGGCCGACAAGGAGGUUCUGGAGCUGACUCUGAGGAAGAGGGACACUGACCAUCACCGCGAGGUCCAACAGCUCUACGAGGAGAUGGAGCAGCAGAUACAGCGGGAGAAGCAGCAGCUGCAGGCCGAGAGCGACUCCCGGGGCCUGGCCCUCAGCUCCCAGAUGCAGGAGGUGCUGGAGGCCAAGGAGCGUGAGGUGCAGCGGCUGACCGAGGGACAGAAGGAGCUGGAGGCCCAGCUCCACCGUCUCAGCAGCACACACCAGGAGGCCAGCUCGGAGAACCGGCAGCUUCGGGAGGCUGAGCAGGACCUGGCUGGGCGGCUGGAAGAGGUGCGGGGGCAGCUGCAGGUGACCAGGGGGCAGCUGGAUGCCGCCAGGGGCCGCGUGUCCUGGCAGAUGGAGGAGGAACUCAGUGUCCCCAGAGCAGGUGAGGAGAAGGCUCCAGAUGCUCAGGCAGUCUCCUGCGAGGAGGCUCCCCUGCCUGGACUCUUUGGGGACAACGAUGACUGGGACCAGCUCCUCAGCGGCAUCAGCAGCACGCCCCUCAGUGCCCUGCAGCUCUGUUGGAGCCCGCCCCCCACCCCGAAAGCCUCCCCAGGCCCGCCGACGCCCCGAGAGGUCAGGCAGAUCUCCAUCUCGGAGCCACAUGCUCCUCUGUUUGCUCAGGAGCCCUCUUCAGAUCCAGGGGGCUCUCCAAGGAGCCCCCCUGGGGCACCUUCUGGCACCGAGGAAGAGGAAGGAGUGAACCCAGAUGGGCUGGACAUGAGCCCUUCAGAGCAGACUGGAGAGCCCCCCAGCCCAGAAUCUAGGGAGGAGUCAGAGCUUGGCCCUGGGGCCCACAUCUCCUGGGGUCUCCCUGGGGUCCCAGCUGGGGAGUCAGGGAGCCUGGUGGCAGCUGCCCUCGAGGUGCUUGUUCCUUUGGAGGAUGGGCCCCCUCCUCAAGUGACCUCGCCCCCUCCCCAGGCCUCAGCUGGGCCCAGCCCACGGUUCCAGACCUCACACUUAGAGCCACAUGUUCCUCUGUUUGCUCAGGAGCCCUCUUCAGAUCCAGGGGGCUCUCCAAGGAGCCCCCCUGGGGUACCUUCUGGCACCGAGGAAGAGGAAGGAGCGAACCCAGAUGGGCCAGACACGAACCCCCCGGAGCAGACUGGAGAGCCCCCCAAUGACGAGGGCCCUGACCCUGGGCCGGUCCCACCCAAGCCGCCCCGGCAGAGAGAGGCCCUCCUUUGGGACCCCCAUUCUGCUGGCUCUGAGCCAAGGCCGGUGUCCUCGGGAACCGGAGCCCUCCCGGUGGGUCUGGGUGAGCCCUCCCAGGGCCUGGUGCCUGGGGGUUCGGCUCCCAUGGAUGGAUCGGAGCAGGGCAAGCGGAGCCCAGACGCACAAGAGGGCCAUUCAGGGGAGCUGCGGGAGGCUCAUGGCCGGGUCCCUGGGCCGCCCGCUUUCCUCCCCCGGAGCCUGGAAGAGGAGCCCGGGGCUGAGGAGAGGAAAGCAGAGGAGCAGGGAGGCCAGCAGUUCAGGUCAGAGCUGACCAUUGAGGUUCGUGGCCUGAAACUCGAGCACUCAGAACUCGCCCAGCUCGAUUCCCAACCUGUGCCUGGCCCACCUGACAGAAUGCAGGCUGAGGCUGAAGCAGAAGCCCCGGCUCCCAGGAAACCAUCCAGCGGCUUUGCCCGCAUUGGGGCUGAGCCUGGGGAUGGAGCAGGGCCCCCAGAGCCCACACAAACCCUUCCCACCAGGGCUGAGCUGGAAGCCCAACCCAGGCCCCGGCCUACAACUACCCAUGCAGAAGGAGAACAAGCCCCCUCUAAGUCCAGGGAGCCAAGGGCAGAGAACAGGCCUGAAGAUCCAAGAACGGACUCCGGAGGCCCGGGGCUGACCCUGUCCCCCGGGGACCGCGCGGCCAGCGAACCUUUGGCCAACCCUGAUUAUGCCUUCCACGUCAUCUUCCUGGGGGACGCUAAUGUGGGCAAAACCUCCUUCCUGCACCUGCUGCACCAGAACAGCUUCGCCACUGGGCUGACAGCAACUGUGGGAGUGGAUUUUCGAGUCAAAAACCUGCUGGUGGACAACAAAAGCUUUGCACUGCAGCUCUGGGACACAGCUGGCCAGGAGAGGUACCACAGCGUGACGCGGCAGCUGCUGCGCAAGGCUGACGGCGUGGUGCUCAUGUACGACAUCACCUCCCAGGAGAGCUUCGUCCACGUGCGCUACUGGCUGGACUGUCUCCAGGAUGCAGAGUCUGACGACGUGGUCAUCCUUCUCUUGGGAAACAAGACGGACCGUGAAGAGGAUCGGCAAGUGUCCACUGAGGCCGGGCAGCAACUGGCCCAGGAGCUGGGGGUCUCCUUUGGAGAGUGCAGCGCUGUGCUGGGUCACAACAUCCUGGAGCCCAUGGUGCACCUGGCCCGGUCUCUCAAGAUGCAAGAAGAGCGCCUGAAGGGCUCGUUGGUGGAGGUGGCCCCCGAAAAACCUCCAAAGAGAGCUGGCUGCUGCUCCUGAGGCCCUGGCCUGACUGGGGUCGGCUGGCCACCUCCCUGGGUUUCCUGUGCCUUGGCUCCUGUCCAACCUGCCUGGACACAGCAAUGACAGAGACGACU